GGCGUGGGGGCCCGCCUCCGGUGACGUCACCGCGCUCGCAGCCGUCGCGCUGAAGAAAGGAUGCUCUAGGAUGCUGUGCAGGUGGGCGGCGGGGAUGCGCCAUGCGGCACUGCAGGUGUAACUAGCAUGGUCAAUGCCGGAGCGAUGAGCGGCUCUGGAAACCUGAUGGAUUUCCUCGACGAGCCUUUCCCUGAUGUGGGGACGUACGAGGACUUCCACACCAUCGACUGGCUGCGGGAGAAGUCCCGGGACACCGACAGACACAGAAAGAUAACCAGCAAAAGCAAGGAGUCCAUAUGGGAGUUCAUCAAGAGUCUGCUGGACGCCUGGUCCGGCUGGGUGGUGAUGCUGCUCAUUGGCCUGCUGGCAGGCACUUUGGCUGGAGUCAUCGAUCUCGCCGUGGACUGGAUGACCGACUUGAAGGAGGGGGUCUGCCUGUCCGCCUUCUGGUACAGCCAUGAGCAGUGCUGCUGGACUUCCAACGAGACCACUUUUGAGGACAGGGACAAGUGUCCCCUCUGGCAGAAAUGGUCGGAGCUGUUGGUGAAUCAGUCGGAGGGCGCCAGUGCUUACAUUCUGAAUUACCUCAUGUACAUCCUGUGGGCAUUGCUGUUUGCCUUUUUGGCCGUCUCCCUGGUGCGCGUGUUUGCGCCAUACGCCUGUGGCUCCGGUAUACCAGAGAUAAAGACCAUUUUGAGCGGCUUCAUCAUCAGGGGCUACCUGGGGAAGUGGACCCUGCUCAUCAAGACCGUCACCCUGGUGCUGGUGGUGUCCUCCGGCCUGAGCCUGGGGAAGGAAGGGCCGCUGGUGCACGUGGCUUGCUGCUGUGGCAACUUCUUCAGCAGCCUUUUCUCCAAGUACAGCAAGAACGAGGGCAAGAGGCGCGAGGUGCUCUCGGCCGCUGCCGCCGCCGGAGUCUCCGUGGCCUUCGGGGCUCCGAUCGGGGGUGUGCUCUUCAGUCUUGAGGAGGUCAGUUACUACUUCCCCCUGAAGACCUUGUGGAGGUCCUUUUUCGCGGCCCUGGUGGCAGCCUUCACGCUGCGAUCCAUCAAUCCUUUUGGGAACAGCCGCCUUGUCCUCUUCUACGUGGAAUAUCACACGCCCUGGUACAUGGCUGAGCUCUUCCCCUUCAUCCUGCUCGGGGUCUUCGGCGGCCUGUGGGGGACCCUCUUCAUCCGCUGCAACAUCGCCUGGUGCCGGAGGCGCAAAACCACCAGGCUGGGGAAGUACCCGGUGCUGGAGGUCAUUGUGGUGACCGCCAUCACCGCCAUCAUCGCCUACCCCAACCCCUACACGCGCCGGAGCACAAGCGAGCUCAUUUCCGAGCUGUUCAAUGACUGUGGGGCCCUCGAGUCUUCCCAGCUCUGUGACUACAUCAACGACCCCAACAUGACCCGGCCUGUGGAUGACAUCCCGGACCGGCCGGCCGGCGUCGGGGUCUACACGGCCAUGUGGCAGCUGGCCCUGGCGCUGGUCUUCAAGAUCGUCAUCACCAUCUUUACCUUUGGCAUGAAGAUCCCCUCAGGCCUCUUCAUCCCCAGCAUGGCGGUGGGAGCCAUGGCCGGCAGGAUGGUGGGAAUCGGCGUGGAGCAGCUGGCUUACCAUCACCACGACUGGAUCGUCUUCAGGAACUGGUGCAGGCCCGGAGCGGACUGUGUCACCCCCGGACUUUAUGCCAUGGUGGGAGCAGCGGCCUGCCUAGGUGGAGUUACCCGGAUGACGGUGUCAUUGGUGGUCAUCAUGUUCGAAUUAACGGGUGGUCUAGAGUACAUUGUGCCCUUGAUGGCAGCAGCCGUGACCAGCAAAUGGGUGGCCGACGCCUUUGGGAAAGAAGGCAUCUAUGAGGCUCAUAUCCACUUGAACGGGUACCCAUUUCUGGACGUGAAGGACGAGUUCACCCACCGCACGCUGGCUACCGACGUCAUGCGGCCGCGGCGGGGCGAGCCGCCUCUGUCCGUGCUCACCCAGGACAGCAUGACCGUGGAGGAUGUGGAGACGCUCAUCAAGGAGACCGACUACAACGGCUUCCCCGUGGUGGUCUCCAGGGACUCCGAGCGCCUCAUUGGAUUUGCGCAGAGGCGGGAGCUGAUCCUUGCAAUAAAGAACGCCAGACAGAGGCAGGAGGGCAUCGUGAGCAACUCCAUCAUGUACUUCACGGAGGAGCCCCCCGAGCUGCCGGCCAACAGCCCGCACCCCCUGAAGCUGCGGCGCGUCCUCAACCUCAGCCCGUUCACGGUCACGGACCACACCCCCAUGGAGACGGUGGUGGACAUCUUCCGGAAGCUGGGGCUCCGGCAGUGCCUGGUGACGCGGAGCGGGAGACUUCUUGGCAUCAUCACGAAAAAGGAUGUCUUGAGACAUAUGGCCCAGAUGGCAAACCAGGACCCUGAAUCCAUCAUGUUUAAUUAGAAACAAGGUGGCAUUUAUUUUGAGAAAAACACAACCGUGUCAUUUUAAAAGAAAUAAACAAAUGAUAUGUUAUUAUCCU